AUGCGCGCCGCGCCGCCCCCGCCCCCGCCGCUGCUGCUGCUGCUGCUCGCGCUCCUGGCCGCGCCCGCCGCCCGCGCCCGCAGAGCCGAGUCCGCCGCGGCGCCGCAGCCCCGACCCGAGCGCCCGCCGCGGCCGUCGGCCGGCCCGGGGCCCGGGAACGCCACCCGCACGGGGUCUGGGGCGCCGGCGGGCGGCGGCGGCGGCGGCGGCGGCGGCUCCAACAGCAGCGGCGACGCCCUGGUGACCCGCCUGUCCAGCCUGCUCCGCGACCUGCCCACCCUGAAGGCGGCCGUGAUCGUGGCGUGCGCCUUCACCGCGCUGCUCAUCGCCUGCCUGCUGCUCCGCGUCUUCAGGUCGGGAAAGAGGUUGAAGAAGACCCGUAAGUAUGACAUCAUCACUACUCCAGCUGAACGAGUGGAAAUGGCCCCAUUGAAUGAGGAGGAUGAUGAGGAUGAGGAUUCCACAGUAUUUGACAUCAAAUACAGGUAAAACCUAUUUUCAGCAUGUUGGCAUCCUGUGGAACGUUGGUCAGCUGCAGCCUGGGGUGUGAAGGAUCUGGAAUCUGUCUCGUUGGAGGUGUUGAAACCAAAACAAAUGUUGUUGAUGAAACUCUGGCACAGUUGUGUCGAACAUCAGCUCAGAAUAUCACUGCAGGAGUCUCCUCUACCACGCUCUGGAAGCCCCUUUAAAAUGCCACCCUUUCCUCCUCAAGAAGGCUUUUGCCUUGCUAAGGGGCAGAGGUCAAAACACUUUGACUUAAAAAAUAAGGUAACUGUUAUUAAAAGUAAAGAGUAAAGAUCAGAAGUUAACAGGAACCUAAAAAAAAAAAAAAAAAAAAAAGCCUGAAGAAUUCAGCUUUUAAUUUUCUGACAUUCUGCUCUCCUGGAUCUACAACAUUCUAGAUGUCUGACCUUUUGGUGGUCUUCCGGGCUUGGCCAAAUUCUGGCCUGCUUUUGGUGAUGGCUGUGUGAAAGUUCAGUUGAAAUGUCAUGAGCUGGCCAGCCCUUGCAGAAGUAUACUGGUGUUUGUGGCUCCUUUUCUUUCCUUUUUAAAAAGAAGGGUUCAGCAGAAUCAGAGCUAAUUCACAAAGAAUUUUGAAUAUCAGGGAAAAACCUAUAUGUAUGCGUGUGUACAUGUGCAUGCAUGAGUGUGUGUGGGUGUGUGUGUCUGUACACCUAGAAUUUCUCCCUUUCUGGGGGGAGAAGAGGCAGUAUAAGGCAACUUUUCGUUAGGAACAUCCUCUGUGUGUUUCUCUGCCCUGUUCUACACUGUUGCUCUUGGUAAUGGAAUUUUAAAAAAUCACUGUGGUGAUUCAGAUGAAUGGGGGUUGGGUUGGCUGGAAAAGGCACAGUGUUGGGGGCCAGGUUUGAAGUUGGUGUAGGCCAGGCUGUCCUGGAAAUCCUCCUGAACCCAGGAGGUUACAGCAGCAAGCCUCCUCCUGCAGGUGUGGGUGGGGAUGGUGGGCGGUGGCUUGUUUCAGAGCUUGUGGGCCCAGACGUCUGUGGGCUUCCAGAAGCAGGGCUGACCUCUCAGGUUGGUGAAGACCUUGCAUUUUGCUGUUUCCUAAGGGUUGAGGUUAUCUGCUGCAGCCAAGCUGCUUCUGCUAAAGCUCUGUUUAGCAGUGCCUUUGGGGUCCUGGCAAUCUGUUCUGGAGAGGGGUUUUGCUUUUUUUUUUUUUUUUUUUUUAUCCCCUUGUUUCUUUUCUGGCAUUGUGCAGGGUUUGUGCAUUUGCCUGUUGGUAGUCUGCCCUGUUGCUUUGGAUGAAAACUCUGUAGGCUUUUCUGAUUCACCUGUUCUUAGAAGGGCCAUCAGGUCUGCUGGGUCCCUGGGUUCCUGAGGCCCUGACUCUUGGGAAGGCGUGAGGGCCUCUGCAGGAAAGAGGGGGUGCCCGGGGAGACGGCUCGAGCGGAGUGCAGUGCAGAACACACCUGUACGACCACCUGUCCCUCUGCCCACUCUGUCUCAUGUGUUGGUUUGCUUUCCUUCUGCUCUCCUCCGCCCUGUUUGCCUCCCCUCCACAGGGUACUCCUGGGCCAGAGUGGUGACUCAGGGGGACCAGCCGCCAGCAGCUGGGCACCCUCUGAACCUUGGAACUGGAACUCCAUGCGGGAAAGCUGGAUUCUUCCGCCUUACACAUCAACACCGGGCCACCUGCUGGCUGGCCGAGAGUGACCUUCCAAAUUCUUGAGCUUCAACACUACAGGCUCUUAAAUAAAACCCUUUUGGCGUGA